AUGUCUCAGACUAUCCUGUCAAUAAACGUAUACCGCUCUAAGGAAGCUUGGUUUCUACUUAACCAGGCCGAAAUUUGUCAACCCGACGAGAAGUGCGUCAAACUUUCUAGUUGCACACACUUAAAGUACAUUGUUAAUUCCCAGGCCAAUAGGAAUUUAAUGAAGGAGAGAAAAUGCGGGCCUAAAUUUUACUACUGCUGUCCCGAACCGGCAAAUAAGCUACCAAAUAACCGGAAAUGCGGUAAAAGCCCAGCCGUUGACCGAAUUUCAGGUGGUAAAAACAUGGGGCCUAAUAGGUUUCCCUGGAUGGCCCUGCUUUUAUAUCGGAACCGCAAAACUUGGAAAGCGCGACUUGUGCCGGCUUGCGGGGGCUCUCUGAUCAACAACCGAUACGUCCUGACCGCAGCCCACUGUGUGGUUAAAGGACCUCUCCUGCCGCAGGACUUAGUGAUCCAAAGAGUGCGCUUGGGCGAGCAUGACACCUCCGUCGAUCCCGACUGCCAAUACGGGUACUCUUGGAGUUCAGGAAAGCGCUGCGCUCCCCCUCAUCUGGAAAUCGACAUUGAGAAGUUCAUUGCUCACACGGAUUACUCCAAAAGCAAUGUAUACCAUUACGACAUCGCCCUGCUGCGACUCCAAAUGCCAGUACGCUAUACGCCCGCAAUCAAACCAAUCUGUGUACUGCGAGAUAGCGUCUCCUUCAACAACUCCAAAGUAGCCGGCUGGGGAAAAACGGAAAGCGGAAAUACCAGUCCAGUAUUGCUGGAAACAAACGUUAUGGAAAUUCGUUCAUCAUUUUGCUUAAAAGCAUAUCCACACUUAGAAUUCAAUUCUUUGUUACAAAUAUGUGUUGGUGCGCUGAAUGGAAGUGACACCUGUGAUGGUGAUUCUGGCGGACCACUGAUGGCCACCAUGGGACAGAGCUACGAAGAAUUCGAGUAUGUAGCCGGAAUCACCUCCUAUGGACAUCGAACAUGCGGAGUUACUGGAAGACCUGGUGUUUACACUAGAGUUCCACAAUUUUUUGGGUGGAUAACGGCGAAUCUGAUGCCUUAG